CAGCAGUGAGCGCUUUUAACAAAUACAUGAGACUUUUCUGAAGUUUUGGGGUCGUUUGCAUGUGAAGAAGCGGUGCUGUGGCCCGGAGUAGCUUGUCCCUCUGUAGUGUGAGGGGAAGCCGCCUGCCUGGCAUCUCAAGAUCCCUGCCCACAUCCAAGACUCUCCUGCAUGCUAAUCCUGCUGUGGGCUUUCGGGCGGGGCGUGAGUCAGUAUAAGAGAGGAGAAUGUAUGUGGAGGGGGGGAUCUCCUGUGGACCGGCUGCGACCCUCUGCUCCUCCAGUCCUGAUCUGCUUGCUCCUGUCGGGACCUCCCCCACCGAGACCAGCACCAUGGAUAGCUCCAGGACGCUCCGAGUACUGCUGCUUGUCGGCCUGCUCUCGGUCAUGUGUCACGGCCAGGCGUCCCAAGAAGUCUCCGCAGAGGACUUUGGAGUGGACAAACCAGAGCCAGCCGCAGAACGAGACCUGAUAGAAGCACUGGAGGCUCUGCUGGGCAGGAUGCAUAAUCGGAUUUCCUCCACGGAGAAAAGAGGAAGCAUCCCACUGUGUGGGAUGGGUGACCGGUGUGCCAUGAAGUUCGGGCCUCGCAUCGGGAAGCUCUGUGACUGCGGCAGAGGAGCCAACUGCAACUCGUACCUGCUCAAGUGCAUCUGAAGCUCUCUUUUCUUUUCCACAAACACAGCAUCACUUCUGCAGGACCAAACAUCCUUUACAACUUCAGCAGCAACCCCGACUCUCAUCGUACUGUCAGUCUCUAAUAUCAUCAUGCAUCAUUAUGCAUUGUUGUUGUUUUGACAGCUGUUGCCUGAGGAGAAGCAUGGGUUUUGUAUUGCUGACAGUCCUGGUUAUAUACUGUAGCAUGUAAAUGUUUCAUGUUUAAUAAACACAUUUAUCAACGUAGCUAUUUGUUAUUUAUUUACCCAAAGUUUACUCAUAGUUACAUAGGAUUUCUUGGACCAUGUUGCCGUCAUUUGUGUUCAAUUUCAGGGAUGAUAAAUGUUUUAAUUGUAAUACUUUGGA